AGUUACUCAGCAGGUAGCUACAUCAUGUCUCUGCAUGUCUCCGUAAACUGAGAGGAUAAAAAUGCAUUCUGGAAUCUAGAAAUGGCAAACAAUUACUAGAUAAACACAUGAAAGGAAAACGUAUGAGAAGACACGGAUCGAGGUCUGAAAUCCGUGAAGGAGAUCACGAUUUGACCAGAUCACUGUGACUCAGAAGAUUUGCACAAGAGGAUUGUGGAUGAGAUAAAGUCUUAUUUUUAUACACAGGAAGUUACACCAGGAGAUCCACCAUGAGCUCACACGAAGGCGAGGUGCACACCAUCGCACCCGAGCUGCCCGCCAUGUUUGACGGGGUGAAGCUGGCGGCGGUGGCUACGGUGCUCUACGUGGUCGUGCGCUGCCUGAACCUGAAGAGCCCCACCGCUCCUCCAGAACUGGCAUACCAGGACACCGCUCUAGUCCGCUUCCUGUUAAAGUCCUGUCCUCUGCUGACCAAAGAGUACAUUCCUCCACUAUUAUGGGGCAAAAGUGGACACUUACAGACAGCGCUGUAUGGGAAGAUGGGCCGGGUCAGUUCACCACACCCAUGUGGGUUGAGAAAGUACCUGCCCAUGCAGGAUGGGGCCACAGCAACCUUUGACCUCUUUGAACCACUGGGGGACCAUCAAACGGGAGAUGAUGUUACCAUGGUAAUCUGUCCUGGAAUUGGUAACCACAGUGAGAAGCAUUAUAUCCGCACAUUUGUGGACCACUCCCAGAAGCAGGGAUACAGAUGUGCAGUUUUAAAUCAUCUGGGAGCUUUGCCCAACAUCGAGCUCACCUCCCCUCGAAUGUUCACUUACGGCUGCACGUGGGAGUUUGCAGCCAUGGUGGGCUACAUUAAGAAGACCUACCCCCAGACCCAGCUCAUCGUGGUGGGCUUCAGCCUGGGCGGAAACAUCGUCUGCAAGUUCCUGGGAGAGAACCGGGCCAACCAGGAGCGCGUGCUGUGCUGCGUCAGCGUGUGCCAAGGCUACAGCGCGCUCAGGGCCCAGGAGACCUUCCUGCAGUGGGAUCAGUGCCGGAGGUUCUACAACUUCCUCAUGGCUGACAACAUGAAGAAGAUCAUCCUCUCGCACAGGGGCAGUCUGUUUGGGACCAGCUCCAGUAAGAUGCAGGACGCCGAUCUGAGCCGCCUCUACACUGCCACCUCCCUCAUGCAGAUCGACGACAACAUCAUGAGAAAAUUCCACGGCCAUGGCUCCCUGAAGGAAUACUAUGAGAAGGAAAGCUGUGUUCAUUACAUUCACAACGUAAACGUGCCACUGCUGCUGGUGAACUCUGCAGACGAUCCGCUGGUGCACCAGUCCCUGCUGACCAUACCUCGCACACUCGCAGAAAAGAAGCCCAACGCCAUUUUUGCACUGACGCUGCACGGGGGUCACCUGGGCUUCUUCGAGGGGGCGGUGCUGUUCCCCCAGCCCCUCACCUGGAUGGACAAAGUGAUCGUGGCCUACGCCACCGCCAUCUGCCAGUGGGAGCGACAGAAACCGCCGUGCCAAAGCGCCAGCCAGCCAGAGACGGCCUGCUCGCAGGAGAAACCUUAACCCCACACCCCCUCACGCACACCACACUUCACUCCCCACACCGACUCCGCCUUCUCACCACACUCAGCCUCUGAGCAAGGAACUGCAGUGGUCUGUAUUUGCCUCCGUUUUCUUCUGUUGUUGUUUUUGGAUCAUGGAAACCUCUGCUUCUAUCACAUGUACAAGUGUUCAAUCGGAAAAGUACAUAAGAGCUCUGAUUGGUUAAAAAUGAAAAGGGGUCAAGUGAAAAGGGUCACAAUGGGAAGAAUUUGCGUGUACGUUUUUGACAGGACAUUCUACUACAAUCCGUAGGCAUGGCCUCGUACUAGUAUAACACGAAAGCAGGAAAACAUCUUGCAUAAUGUAUGACAGGACUGCUCUUCACAGCUGACAUGGGCCCUGGGUAUUGAGUCAGCGCUAUAGGCUCUGCUCCACACCCUUUGUGGCACACACACACCAUGAAGGAUCUCCUGGGCUUGGCCGAAGUACUGUCACAGUGUGCAGUUCUAGUCCUUGAGGGUAAACCUGCCGACCAAGUUGCGCCUGACUUGCGUCUUGCACACUGGAUAAGUUCACUUCCUGUCCAGAAUUGUAGUGCAGAGCCAGAUAAGGGUGAACUGCACUGUGAUACUCCUGGACUAGGAGUGCCCACCCCUGUUUUUAAACCAUUCAAGAUAAUGUUGGCUGUUGAGGCCUUUUGGCAUUCAUUGGUUUACCUCCUUUUUGUGGCAUGUACAGCAGUUUAUCGUUUGUUUUGCACAGUUAAGUUGGGAGUUUAAGUGCUAGCUAUCGGGUCAUUACCUCAGCCUCAUACGGGCUGUAGCUGGGGCGAGGGCUUUUUCCACAAGACUGUUAGUCUGGUACUUUCUCUUAAUUAUAGAUGAGCAAUUAUGUAGAAUUUCACCCUGAAGAUCCAGGUAAUGGAACCUGCGCGGAUACCUAUCUGUUUGGGAGUCCGCUAGCCUGUUCGAUUAGAGUGGAAGGCACCACCUCCCUGUGUCUGAGCUGUGGGAGGAUAGAUUAGUGGCUAGCCAGGCCUGAAUUGUGCUAACGGCUAACCAGAUCCACCAGCAUUCCUCCCAUCACUGCAGUUUGUCCCAACUGGCAGAUCACGCUUAAAAUGCACUUUAUACUUUAUAUGCCACAUUUUUACUUUACAUGCACCCUUUUUAUGAGUAUUUUUCAAUCAUUCUUUUUGAGGUUUUUUUUUGUUUUUUUUUGUUUUUUAUUUUAUUUUAACUUUAGCUUGCAGUUAGUGAAGUUGGUGUGAUUUGGAGAAUGUGCAAGUGUGGGAGGGGUCUUAAACCAAAAUGAGUUUAAUGACUGAAGUGAUGCCCUUGUCCUCCCAUACGUCAUUGCCACAAAUGUUUUUGUUUAAUUUCGCCUCCUUUUUGCUCUGUGCAUAAGAACUCAGGAGUUCUAUCUCGCAUACAGCUGUUGUGCGUCUUAAGGAAAUUAGUGGUGUUUUGGUCCUCACUGCAGACAACAGGGUACUGUUAUACUAGCCUGAACUGUCAAAGGAAGAUUUCUCGGAGGAAAAAAAUACUCCACACGAUUUAGUUUCAUCUUUGGCAAGACCGUUGUCUAGAAGUUGUGUACGGCAUAUACGUGUGAUUCAAGGCCACUUAAUUUGAACUAGCUCCAUUGGUCUUUUCCCAAAGCAACCCUCUCUCACAUGGAGCUUUGAGGUGCACUACGGCACUGACAGUAGAUGCAUCAGUGGAUGCAGUGCUGUGCGUAUACAUUUGACUUAACCUCGUACAACUAAAAUGGCUGAAUUAGAUUAGUCCUUCUCAAGAACAAAUAACCGCGAUGACACCGAAAAACUGGUUAAAUACUUGGAAGCUGGAUAAGAUGUUGAGUGUUUAAAAAGUAAUGGUUGGAGUGGAGAUGGGGAAUUGUCUAUUUUUGGCCAUAAACAUGAAUUUCUUCCAGAACCAGAAAAUGGUCCUGAAGUACGUUGUAUUUCCAAAACUCAUCUGUCAAAUCCUUCUGAAAAACCAAACCAUUUUUGUGUGGAAUGCAUGUAUUCACAAACUCGUUUUGCGGUAUGCUGACGGCAUGAAUCUGAACUAGUGAUAAUAAGAGACGCUGUAAUGUAUUUGAAUGUUGUUGUGGGAGGGCAUUUCCUUCAGUUUAGUUACAUAAUUGGUAAUUGGAUCCAAGCUGGAGGCACAGUGGUUAAGUGUUGAGCUUGAGGAGUGCGCGUUUGAUUAUCGGAGAUAAACUGUUAGCGGUGGGGUAUGUAGAAACGCUGCUGUUUUUCCUCCAUGGCUUUACCCACCUGCUGUGUCCUGGUUUUGCUAAAUGUAACUCUCCUGAAAACCUGAACGGUAACAGCAUGGGCGGUCGUGUUCUGCUAGCCAGCGGCCAUCGUCCCUGCGGGCGUUAGCCUACAGGUUGUUUUGCGGAGAGAUUUCUGUAUGUAUUAUGUACCCUGUCUUUGCCUUUAUUUUGUUUUAUGUUCAUGUGAAAAGUUAACCUUAUUGUACCUUACUCUUCCCUCACGCAUCACACGCGCCAUGUUCUGUCGAUCUGUUGUGUCUGAAGAAGAAGAAGGAUAAGCACUUUGACAAUCCAUUGUGUAAAACCAAAAAAUAAUCUUAUUUCUGAUUUAUAGACAGGUCUGCAAGAUUAGUAAAGUUCUUCAAAUCUCUACUGUGGAGUUCUAACAGCAGUUUGUGAACAGAGUGGUUUAUGUAAAUGUAAUAUAGCAUUUUUCAUUUUGUAUAUUAAAGAUGAAUAAAACUAUUCCGUUUACAGCAAUGAUCCACAACGUACUACAAUCUACAUCAUUUCAGUGUGGCAACCGUAACAAUGCACAUUGGUAACAUUUUUGGGACACUAAUCUUUAAAGCUGAUGUAGACUUGCUGUCACGAGCAGCCAGCUUCUCAUUGCAUACCAAUUCCGGUCUCAUUGUCAGGAUGUUUGAAUCUUGCAAAAUUGUAUCAUCUCUAUUUAGGUUAUUCAGAGAUUUAAUUUGUUCGCCCGCACUGCUACAUUUACGACUGACUAUCUAGUCUGUGUAGUAGCACCACCUCCUGCUGUCCAGUAGUGGAACUGUUGACUGCUCCUCAGACAGAAUUUUCUGUGUUGCCUGGUGCCCCCUAGUGGCACCUACCCAAGUUUUACUGUAAAACUUAAUUAUGCUUUCAGUUUGUAAACCGAAUAACCGCAGUCUCAGUGGGGUCAUAUUUUACAUUUCGUAGUGGUUCAGAAACGACCAAGCUGAUUAAAACUUUCUUGCUCUUAUACCAGCACAAAGCAAGGCUUUCUUGUACUUCCUGUAAUAGAGAAAAUGCAUUAUGCCUUUUCAUUCAACUUUGCACAGAAAAUGCAAAUUUUGAAUGUAUAUCUCUGCUUCAGGCUAGUUCCAACAAAGUGUGUUGUUCUCAGACUAAAUUUUUUAUGGUUUUAUAUUUCUGAUUGUUAUUUUAUUGUAUGUGUGUAUGCCUUGGAGUGUGAGUGCAAACAGAUAUGGGUGUAGAUUUGCAUCAUAUCACCACUCAUAAUUAUUGAAUUUAAUUAAAUGUAAAUCACCAUAAUGUGGAAAAAUGGGAACUUUGGAACUUUUGAUAAAUACUCAGUGAACAUGUAUAUUUGGGACCAGGGGCAGUGUGUUGGUGAUUGUGGAUCAUGUUGUCAAAUUGAUUUUUAAAAUGAAUCUAAAGGAAGCUGUUACUGGGGGGAAAAAAUGUGGAAAGAUCUUGUCUCAAACUUUAACCACAGAAUGGCAAAUUAGCACUGAAAAUGUAAAAUGCAUCCCGUUUAAUUUUUCAUACGUAAGUGGUUUCUGAAAUGUUAUUUCAGUUUCUAAAAAGUUGUACUUUACAGAUCGUCCUGUGAUAUUAUGUUACAAUUAACAAUGUGGUGAAAAGGCUUUUCUUAACAUUACCACCACGUCAUUGAACUGGAAUUUUAUACAAGGGACCAUAAUUAAAAAUAUAUUCCGCAGUGCUGUCCGGUAUUUUCUACAAGCCAUUUAAUGUUUGAUACCCAAAUCGACUGUCCCAUUGGAGGUCGCCAUUGGAGCUAGAGGGAGCGUUUGCUAUAUUUGUCAACAUCGGGUUCCUUAAAUCACUCAAACCCCACUCUUGUCACCACCUAAAGGCUAAAAUUAGUUACAGGUCUAUGCUGUUUUGGGGGAAAGGAAAAUGGACGGGCAUCUUUUAAAAAAAAAAAAAGUUUAAAAAAAAAAAGAAAAGGCGUCUGCACUGUCCCUGACAUCUCCAAAUGUCAACACAGCUGUCACUGAGGUAGGGGGGCAGGAUUUUGCCCUCUGAGUUGAACGCAGUGAUUUCUCAUCAUUGUAUGCUCUGUUAACAUUUAUAGCUUUAUUUCUUGUGUUUACAAUACAUGUAUGCUUCAUUUUUUGGGUCAUAAGAAUCUAAUUUGGUCUGAUGUAACCAUUACAGUGCAAAUUCAGAUCACUGUGGUUUUGUUGGGAGGGGAAAAAACAAUGGUGAGUGACGUAAUAUUUUAAGGGAAAAAAAAAAUUGUGUUCCAAAAUAAAUUAUUUUCUUGUA